CUAAAUACACUCAAGCUAAAUAUAAUUAUUCUGGUAAGAGCGUAUUUUUUCCAACAGAAAGAACAUUUCAGGAACAUCAUACUACCUUUAAAUGGUUUAAAAAAAAGAGGAGGAGUAUAAAACUUCAUUGGCCGUCACUUGUACUGUUGUCAUGCGAAAUUUGAAUAUGCUGAAACUGUAAUAAUGAGAAUUGAUUUUCCGUGACACCAUCAAUGAUACACAAAGGAUAUAUAUAAAACGUUACUAAUUGUGUAUAGACUUUUCCCAGAUCUUCUAAUACAAGACUGAGUGAGAUUCUGUGAGAAUGUAAAAUGUGUAAAAGGUCACAGAUAAAGUGCAACGCCCCGUUCAGCGCUAGUUACGCCUCUGGGAGGCAGCGGACUUUGAAAUCUUCCUCUGUAAAAUGAAAGUAAACGGAGAGGGAAAUUUAGAAUGAAAGAAGCAAGAUUGCAGGAAGCUAUUCGUCACUUUCUAGUACAACUAAGACGCGGUGGUGUAAUGAAUCAAGUCUCAGAAUGAACUCGCAUGUUUCUGAAGAUCACAGUGCUGUGAAGAAGCUUUGUGUGUUUGAGCCCUACGGGAAGCAUAAAAACAUAGGCAAAUGUCUGAUCAUCAAUAAUGAGCACUUUCCUGACUCACCACAUUUGCAUAGGAAGGGAUCUUCAGUAGAUGAACGCUUACUGUCGAGCACGUUCAAGUCCCUUGGUUUUCAUGUACAGGUGGAGAAAAACCUGUCAGCUAAUGAAAUGAUUGGUGUGCUGAGAAAAGUAUCUAAAGAGAACCACACAGACAAUUCCUGCUUUGUGUGUGUACUGAUGAGCCACGGAGAAGAGGGAAAAAUCCUUGGAUCAGAUGACCGCUGGAUCCCUGUCAAAACUCUGACCUCUCUCAUGACUUCUGACCUCUGCCCUAGUCUGCGGGACAAGCCGAAACUCUUCUUCCUACAGGCCUGCAGGGGAAUGGAAUUUGACCCUGGUGUUGAGGCAGACGGUGAAGAAGCACCGGGGGAAUUUGUUGGAAUAUCAGACGUUCCCGAGGUGGAUUUUCUCUGCUGUUAUUCCACAGUGGAAGGUUAUUACUCAUGGAGAAAUCCAGAAAAAGGCUCUGUAUUUAUCAGUGAACUUUGCAAGAUGUUGAAGGACUGUCAUCUAGAGAUUAUUCAGACUCUCACAAGAGUAAACCAUCAUGUGGCUUAUCACUUCCAGUCUUGCACCAUAGACCCGAAUACACAUAUGAAGAGACAAAUGCCGUGCUUGGCCUCCAGACUGACCAAGGAUUUUUACCUUCAUGUAGCAGAGAAGAAAAAUAAAUAAUAUAAAUAAAAAAAAUAAUUGUCAAUCGCUGGCAGCAAGUCAGUGACGUCAUUUGCAAGGAGAGGCAGCAAUUUAUUAAUAUGUUAGCCAUAUACUUCAUUCAGUGUUCUCUAUGAUACGUUAAUGAUGUAUACGAUGUCAGAUCUGUAAAACAGUCUAAACACAUGCAGUGAAUUAAAUUAUUCAGAUACUU